AGUCCAAAACUGCGAGGUCUCACUUGACUCAGAUCGUUAAACUUCAGCUCGUUUAGCUCAGUGCAAUGCGCGGAUUACAGCUGUUCUUCUGCUUCGUGUCCGUCCUCUCUCCAGCUGCUCUCUCUCCUCUCCUGGUACCGGAGCCGAUCCGGUGCGCACCGUGCACUGCGGAGAAACUCAGCGCGUGUCCGACUGCACCGACCGGAUGUCUGCUGAUGCGGGAACCGGGCUGCGGCUGCUGUCCGACCUGCGCGCUGUCCAGAGGAGCUUCGUGCGGGGUUUAUACGGCGCACUGCGCGCCCGGACUGCGCUGCACACCCAGGGACGGAGACACGCACCCGCUCCACUCGCUCACCCGCGGACACGGAGUGUGCACUGACGACCACGCUGCCCAAGGUGCGUGGCAGAAUUUCGCAUUAGCAGGUCAGAGUGAAGAUGAACGCGUGCAGAACCCGAUGCUAAAUCAUAACCGUGUGCUUUCAGAGGACGAUGAGGAGGAGUACAGUUCCUCCCUACAUCACCUGCUGGCCCUGGAUAAAGCCGGAGAUCCAGAGGCGCAUGAGGGCAUCAGGGCUAAAGUGAACGCCAUUAAGAGAAAGCUGGUGCAACUGGGUCCCUGUCACACUGAGCUGCACUCUGCACUGGACACCAUCACAGCUUCCCAACAGGCUCUGGGUGAGAAUUUUGCCUCGUUCUACCUUCCCAACUGCGACAAACACGGCUUCUACAAGUCCAAACAGUGUGAGACGUCUCUUGUCGGCCAGCCAGCUCGCUGUUGGUGUGUUUCAGCCUGGAACGGGAAGAGAAUCACAGGUUCCAGUGAUGUGCCUGAGGAUGCCCUCUGCCAUCAAGAGGUCACUCAUUGAUGCAUUUUGUCUUUUUUUUUUUCUUAUAACCAAGCACUUUUCUUAAUAGGUACCAGUCAAAUGUUCCCUUAGUGUAAAAAUGUAAUAUAUUCUUAUCAUGGGGACGUUUGGUCACUACAGUUAUAUGUAUAACUACAUUUACACACGUCACACACAGGCGCCUACAAAAAUCUACAUUUAUUGUUGUUUUUGCUAUAUCACUAUGUAUUUAUUCAUCUGUUUGUUAUAUGUUAAUUUACUAUUAUUAGUCUUUGUUAGAAUAUUUAUACAGUAUAUAUUUGUGUCAAUGUAGAACAUUUACACACAUUUUUAGUGUAUUUUUUUCCUUUUUUAUUUAAAUAACUCCAUAUCUGCACAGUCAACACAACAGACAGGAGUUGUACAAUUGUACAAAUGUGUUCUGGCAAUUUCCUCGAAUAUUAAGCGCAACCUGGGUCCAUGUUACUCCUCAUGCCAAUUCUAAUGCUUGGUAUAAAUCAGCUUUAUCAUUUAGUUGCUUAAUGAUUUAGGCCACCUGAUUUGUGCAAACGUACAUCUUCAACCUGCUACAUUCACGUGUUUAUCUGACCCAUUGCUGCCCCUAGAAAGAACAGGCCUAAAUUCUUUCCACUUACAUGGAAUUGAUCACAGAUGUUUUGAAGUAGAUCACAUAGAUUACAGAUCAGGACCAUUUGCAACUCAGGUAUUUCAGUCCUGACUUCAGUUUUCUUGUGCUAUUUCUUUAACACUAUUUCCGUCCAGCAGGAUAUCAAGUAAUUAUACAGUUUUAAAAAGCCAGAUAUUCUUUCUGAUGGUUGUACAGCAGGGUUUUUUUAAACCAUUAAUCUAGAUCAGGCCUCUGCCAUGCUGCUAUUAACUUGAGUCGCAAAGCAUUUAGCCAGUACAUGCCAAACUUUUAUGCAUGAAAAGGUUAAAACAGAAAACAGAAAGGGGUGUGUAAAUUGGUGUUACUGGUUUGCAUGUCCGCAGUUCAAAUGGUGUUAAUACACUCAUAGUGGUAAAAAACACACUAAAGCCUACUGUCAGUACUCGUAACCCAUCCUACUCUAUUUCCUAAAUAAGAAAUUAUUUAAUUCAUAGUCUAGUGUUUAAUAAUAAUGCUAGGAAUAUAGUCCCAUCAACCCAAGUUUUCCUACAUUUACUAAAUGCAGAAUAAUAUCUCUGGAUUAGAGAACUCAGCAGUACAUUGAUUUACAAGCCUUUGUGCAACUUUCUUGUGGGAACUUAUAUAUAAUAUUUAAUAUAUUGUAUCUUUCACUGACACUUCAUUGUAAUCCUAAACAUUACAUGCUGCUACAGUUCAUCUACCUGUUUUUCUAUAUUUUAUCUAUAUAUGCAUUCAUAUAUUUACUUUGUAUUUUGUUUAUGUUUGAGUAAAUGUUGAAAUGUACAAUUCACAAUUCAGUAUAUAUUCCUAUUACUUAUCAUUUGUAUGUAUUCUUUUAAUAAAAUGAAUGAUUAUA